CUAAAGAGAUCACAAGGAAGUCUUGGUUUAAAAAGAAACAGAAACACACAGGGGGGUUGGUGAAUGGUGCCGACCGCGGCCAUCGCAGUUGGAGCCUAUUUUUUUUAAGAGGUAGGGUGAGUAGCGUCCAUGGAGUUACUUUGUGCCCAUUCCUAGGGGCACCGGCGGGCUACUGGUCCCGGCAGGGGCAACAGGGCCGGGAUACCGCGGGCCCGGCCGCCUCCUUCGCCACGACUGACCCCGGAUGGAUGCGCGCCCCCCGCCCUCCCGCGCUGGCCCCAGGAGCUCCUGGUUUGGGGAGCAUCCUUCCCGCACCAGUUCCCCCGCUGCGGCGCGUAGCCGGGGGCAGCACCCCUCGGGUGGCCACCGCGGAGCAAGAUGGAAGAGAAGAGGCGAAAAUACUCCAUCAGCAGCGACAACUCCGACACUACUGACAGUUUUCCGAACAGACUUGAUCACGGCCAUGAAGGUUCCAGAUUCCUAUCAGCUCAACCCGGAUGAUUACUACAUCCUGGCAGACCCAUGGCGGCAAGAAUGGGAGAAAGGUGUACAAGUGCCCGCCGGAGCGGAGGCUAUUCCCGAGCCUGUGGUGAGGCUUCUGCCACCGCUGGAAGGCCCUAAACCACAGGCGUUCCGGAGCAGUUCUACACCAGAGUGGCCAGAAGGCAGCCGCUAUGACCUGGACGAGAUUGACGCCUACUGGCUGGAGCUCAUCAACUGUGAACUCAGGGAGAUGGAGCGCCCAGAACUGGACGAACUAACAUUGGAACGUGUGCUGGAAGAGCUGGAAACCCUGUGCCACCAGAACAUGACCCGGGCCAUCGAGACGCAGGAGGGGUUAGGCAUUGAGUAUGAUGAAGACGUCGUGUGUGACGUGUGCCGUUCCCCUGAGGGCGAGGAUGGCAACGAGAUGGUCUUCUGUGACAAGUGCAACGUCUGUGUGCACCAGGCAUGCUAUGGGAUCCUCAAAGUACCCAUGGGCAGCUGGCUGUGCCGGACCUGCGCCCUGGGGGUCCAGCCCAAGUGCCUGCUCUGCCCCAAGCGAGGAGGAGCCUUGAAGCCCACCAGGAGCGGGACGAAGUGGGUGCACGUCAGCUGCGCCCUGUGGAUUCCCGAGGUCAGCAUCGGCUGUCCAGAGAAGAUGGAGCCCAUCACCAAGAUCUCCCAUAUUCCAGCCAGCCGCUGGGCUCUGUCCUGCAGCCUCUGCAAGGAGUGCACAGGCACCUGUAUCCAGUGCUCCAUGCCUUCCUGUGUCACAGCGUUCCAUGUCACAUGCGCCUUUGAUCAUGGCCUGGAAAUGCGGACUAUAUUAGCAGACAAUGACGAGGUCAAGUUCAAGUCGUUCUGCCAGGAGCACAGUGAUGGUGGCUCACGGGGUGAGCCCCCAACUGAGCCUGCGGAGAUCAGCCAGUCUGGCGAGGACCUGGAGAAGGUGACACUGCGUAAGCAACGGCUACAGCAGUUAGAGGAGGACUUCUAUGAGCUGGUGGACCCAGCUGAGGUGGCCGAGCGACUGGACCUACCAGAGGCGCUGGUGGACUUUAUCUACCAGUACUGGAAGCUCAAGAGGAAAGCCAAUGGCAACCAGCCCUUGCUGACCCCCAAGACCGAUGAAGUGGAUAACCUGGCCCAGCAGGAGCAGGACGUCCUGUACCGCCGCCUGAAACUCUUCAUGCACCUGCGGCAGGACCUGGAGAGGGUCAGAAACCUGUGCUACAUGGUGACACGGCGCGAGAGGACGAAGCAUGCCCUCUGCAAGCUUCAGGAGCAGAUAUUCCACCUGCAGAUGAGGCUUGUUGAACAAGAUCUGUGUCAAGAACGGUCUGGGAAGAGAGCUAAGGGCAAGAAGAGUGAGUGCAAGAGGAACAGUCGUGAGGCUCCCAAAAGCAGCCCCGAGAAGAAGGAGAAAGUGAAGGCGGGGCCUGACUCCGUCCUAGGGCAGCUGGGCCUGUCCACUUCAUUCCCCAUCGACGGCACCUUCUUCAACAGCUGGCUGGCACAGUCAGUGCAGAUCACAGCUGAAAACAUGGCUAUGAGCGAGUGGUCACUCAACAAUGGGCAUCACGAAGACCCUGCCCCGGGGCUGCUGUCGGAAGAGCUGCUGCAAGACGAAGAGACCCUGCUGAGCUUCAUGCGUGACCCCUCACUGCGGCCUGGUGACCCCGCCAGAAAGGCCCGUGGCCGCACCCGCCUGCCUGCUAAGAAGAAACCCCCACCACCCCAGGACACGCCCGGCUCACGGACGGCCCCAGACAGGCCCCCUAAGAAGCCCUGGGCCCAGGAUGUGGGCAGCAUCAAGGGUGGGCAGGAGCCACCUGCCCGGAAGCCACCGCGGCGGACGUCUUCCCACCUGCCAUCCAGCCCUGCCACCAGGGACUGUCCCCUCCCAAAAGUCCCUGAAAACCCCCCACUGCUGGACCCCGAGACCCCAGACGAGGCAGCCCCAACAGCUGCUGACUUGAAUGUCCAAGUGCCUGGCCCUGUGGCGAAUCCUAAGCCCCCAGGACGGCUGAGGCCGUCCCGUGAGAGCAAGGGAACCCGACGGUCCUCAGGCACCAGGCCUGACACUGGGACAGGACCGCCCUCCACCUUGGCCGAACGGCCCAAGGUCAGCCUACACUUUGACACCGAGACUGAUGGCUACUUCUCAGAUGGGGAGCUGAGUGACUCGGAUGUCGAAGCUGAUGACGCUGGGGUGCAGCAGGGUCCCCGGGAGGCAGGGGCCGAGGAGGUGGUCCGCAUGGGAGUCCUGGCCUCCUAAAACUCACCCCUGGCCAUGCCCUGGCCCGUCCCUUCCCCACCCCAUGGCCUCAGCCCAGUUACAACUGCCAUUUCUGAUCUCUGCUGAGGGCCCCCAUCCUGAGCCUCGAGCUACCAGUCCUCUGUGGGUUCCUUCUGGAUGUUGGGCACAUUUUGGAUUCCACACUGUCGUUUUUCCUCCACACUGGCCUAGGACGUCAGGAGUCCUUCCUGCAUUCCAGCCACCUGCACUGGGCCAGGACUUGUGCACCACCCUUGCCUGGCCCUCGCUGCAUUGCUGGGCCUUGGCUUAACCAGAGGUGGUAAAAAGUGGCACUCAGGCCCCUGGCCCGAGGCCGCUGGGUAACUCGCACUGUCGUUUGGGCAUUAUUUCACAGAAGACAGGCCAGCCCAGGGCCUACCCACCUUGUCCCGGGGUCUCACUGGGGCUCAUUUCUUUUUUUCUGUUUGUUUUUUUUGGGGGGAGUUGUUUUUUUCUUUGGAGGGGGCGGGGGUCCUGCUGCACUCCACUGAUCCCCAAGACAGUUCACUAGGUGACCCCCAGCCAGAGACUGCUCACUGUCACAAGCACAACGAGUCUAUCUGAGAAAGCACUGAUGGGUUGCUGGGGCCUGCUGGCUCCUGGGCACCCAGCAGCUGCUCCUGACCAGCCCACAGCAUCGGAGGCCUACUCCCCAACCCUGUAACCCCUCCUCACCGCCCUGCCCCUGCCAGCGCCGGGCCCAGCAGCUCUGGGGAGGUGGGGCUCCUCCAGUCCUGGAGCUGUGCUGUUUACUCAGGGGACUCCCAUGCAGCAGCCAGUUGUGCAGGUGGCUGCUGGGAAGGGCCAGUGCCCAGCCAGGGUGGGGGACUCAGACCAGCCCCUUGCAGAGAACCACUCGGGGGGGACUCCCGCUUCCUUCCUUUCCUUUGGGGCCAGUCCUGGCCAAAGUCUGGUCACUCCCAGACAGAGUUGACCAGACCAGACCAUUUGCCUUUUCGAGUUUCCUAGUCCUGCUAAGAGAUGAGCUUCUUCCUUGGUUUCCUCUAGGAAACCCCUGCUUCCAACAAGCAGUGGGAUCCCGGGGCCCAGGGCAGGCCGCUGCCAGCCUUCCUUGGUGCUGGCUGAAGUCUGGGGACAUCCCCCUGUUCCUCCAUUCUCCUGAGCCUUAAUCCCGUCUCUUACCUGUGCCCUGUUCCCCACCACUACUGCCCUACCUCCUCCUCCCCUCACCCCUGUAGGUCCCAGGUAAUGGCUGUGGAAAGUUUUAGUGGAGCGGCCCCAGGGUGAUAGCUCAGGGAACACAACAAAAGGGAUUCCUCGAAAACGUUGUAUGUUUUUUUUUUCUUUUAUGAAUUACUCCGGGGUUACUUCUGCCACUGGUGAAGCCAGAAAAUCUCCAACAAGAACUUUGCAAAAGUCCAGUGAAUCAGUCGAAUCAUUCUAUGGAUGCCAAAGAAUAUUUUGACCAUAACACAGCACAGCCGGGACCUGACAACUUGUCACUUGGACUUUUUGCCAAUCAAGUUCUUGAGCAACAAAGGACGGAGAUGGGCUCGUCGUGUACCUCCACAGGGAUGGGCCCAGCCCUGGCAAGAGAAGGCUUCACUGCCGCUCCCUUGCACCUGGGUAUGGGGGUUCAGGUCCUGGGAUGGGCCCCCCUCUCCCUCCCCAGGAGCUGGCCUGGACUCAAACUCACAGUGGGGGUACAAUCCCGCCAGUACAACCAGCAUGGAAAAGUCUCAACCCUGUGGUUCCCACCCAUCCACCCAAGUCUACAGAGCAAAUAAUGUCCAGGGGCAAGCCUGGCCAUCGCCUGAUCCCUGACUCAAGGUACGACAGUGGCAUCAGCAUUGACACUCAGUUCCAUGUGGAUUUUCGCAAAAUAGGCAACUAAAGACAACUUUGGUUCAGACGCCGCACCCUGCGCGUGCAGUCCAAGGUGGACACCAAGGGCAUGGGUGGGCGUCGGGAGGGCAUGAGCUACCACGUAGUUAGUCUGCCUGCCUGCCUUGGUAGUAGUGACCAGUGCAGUGUCAGCAUCAGCGUCCCAACCCCAGUCUCUGUUUACUGCCUUUGAAUGGCCCUCCUCCCCACCCCAGGGCUUUGGUCCCUGCUGGCUGGCAAACUUCCUGUGGCGUUGUGGGAGGAAAGGCCUAAAGAACAACCAAACCCUGCUAGGGAUUGUUCCAGUGGAGUAUUUUGGAGAGAGGCUGGUUCUGGGACCCUCAGCACCCAAGUGUAUGGGAGGCAAGCUGGUUGCUGGGCUGCUUCACUACCACACCAGCCCUCACACCAACUUCACGAGGCAGCCCUCCACUUCGAGGGAGGCCACAGGCUUCAAACAGGCUGGGAUGCCAGUCCGCUGGCCCUGACCCCUUUGCCUGUCUCCUGUUAGUCAUGGCUCCUUCACUCCUUUCCUGACCUCCUGUCUACACAGUAGAGGGGGCCUUGCCCGACUCCAAUACCAUGGCAGAGCUUUCUCCCAACCGCAUCUGCCCACACAUCGGCUGCCUCCUGUCCGGGAGGCAGCAGCUGCUCCGUAACUCAUUCUGGCUGUUGUCCCACAUUCUCACCAGUCCUGGUCACCCUACCUGACCUCCAACUCCCUCAUCACAUGACAAAGGAUAAUGUGCAAGGAAAAGUAUUUUUCUGCAUCAUAAGUAUAUUUUGAAAGACAAAAGAAGAACACUCCUCUCAUAGGAAUGCUGCCCUGGGGCAGAGCCUGAGCAUUUGUGUAGGAAGAGCCUCUUUCCUUGGGGAAGCUGCCUGGGUUUCCAGAUGUGGCACUGGGGUGUGGGGUGCAUGUGUCCUUGUUCAUGCAUGGCUGCAGGUGCAUCCCACAGGACAUGGCAUUGUCCUAGCGACUCCACUGUCCAGUUCUAACAAAUCAGCAGCAACAGUACUUGGCACUGCCUUGCUCUGUGCCAGGUGUGGUCAACCUCUACCUGUUCCUGACGCCCUGCAGAAUGAUCUGGAACCCUAUAGCCUGGCCCUCAGGGAGGCCACUUCCCCCAUGUCCCUGGCCCAUCUGGCCACAUUGGCCAAAGAGCCAGGGCUGGAGUCUGGGAACCUUGGUUGUUCUUUAAGGCGCUUCCUGCCACCUUCUCCCUCAGUCGCAUGCCUUGUGCUGCAAUGGUCUUGAAGGGUGGUGGGGGGGUGAUAUGAAUGUCACAGGAGGAGACACCUUCUGUCUGUUUCAAAGAAAGUGAUGUGCCAUUUGUUAAUAUACAAGAGAAAUAUUGAAAAUAUAUUGAAAAGAGCAAUUUUAAAUUAUUUUUGGCUUAUGUUGCAAUAUUUAUUUUCUUGUAUUAGAGAAGAUUCCUUUGUAGAGAAAAAAAUGUAUUUUUCAUUACCGCAAAGACCUAUUUCUCCUUUUUGUACAUUGUCCAUGUUUGCAACCCUUAACGAGCAAUAGAAUGUCUGGCAGCCUGUGUGUGGCUGCCGCCUGCUGUGCCCUGCAUGAUUCUGUGUUGCCGCUGCUGCCUCGCCCCCAGCCCCAUCCUGUCCUGUUCACUGACCGGGCUGUCCGGAUCCCGGCCCCUCUCACCUCCACCCCAUCAGGGCCUGUGUCUCCUGGAGCCCUUUGCACUCCUCAUGUGUUGGCAAACGCAAUCAAUAAAGCAAUGUUUUCUGUG